GGAGUUCUCUUUUCUUCAGUACUAAAAAAUGCACAAAAUAUACUUAUAGGUUUAUUAAACAUGAUAUUUGAGAAUGUAGUUGAGAGCUCGAGAAAAAAAAAGAUAUAGAAGUUGGAAUUCACCAUUAAUGAACUGUUUCUUACGUACAUACGAUAAAAGCAGGAAUUGUAUUAUCAUCAUCAAGGUAAUUUUACACAACAUUAUGGCAAUACAAUUUAAAAAAACAAAACAUGACAUUUGAUUUGACGUUGUCAGUAAAUUGACAAUUUGACAUUCUCGCUCGCUCAUUCAAUUUGACGUUUUGUUCGAUUUGUCAGCUCUCCGAAAAGAAAAACCCGUGUGCGUGAUCAGAAAAUCCCAAUCUUAGUUUUAGAAAAAGUUUUAAUGUGAAAAUAGAAAUCGAAAAUGUCCCUAUUUAGUGAUCUACCUAUAAACAAAAAUGAUGAAAAGCCAAGUGGCCCAGGAGCAGCCGCGGGGUUGUCGCCGUACCUCAAUUUUGACCCUCACUACAUACCAAAAACUCAACCAGAAUUCUUAUACCUGGACGACAGGCAUAUGGCAUCAACGGCAAGAAGAUCAAAUGUAGCUCUACCUAUCAUAGGAAUGUCCUUCAUGACCGGUUCAGGUUUGGGGGGAAUGACUGGCCUUUACAAAGGAUUAAGAGCUACUACAUUGGCUGGUCAAACAGGGAAAGUCCGUAGAACCCAAGUUGUAAACUAUAUUAUGAAACAGGGGACUACAACUGGCUGUACUCUUGGCAUCAUUGCAUCUUUUUAUUCCUGCAUUGCCCUUGGAGUGACAUGGCUUCGUGAUAAGGAAGAUACAUCCAAUACCUUUAUUGCAGCAGCAACUACAGGAGUUAUUUACAAAAGCACUGCAGGUCUUCGAUCAAUGGGGUUAGGUGCAGCUGUAGGCCUCACUCUAGCUGGAGUGUACACCCUAGUUACUGACAAUGACAAUAUAUGGAGCAAAGCUAGAUAUAACCGAAUGUGAUUCUCUACCGCCUAAAUUAGAAUUUUGUAAAUAAUAGACUGUUAUGUUGUUUUAUGUUAUUUAAUGCAUUAAAUCUGUCAGCGUUAAGGACUUAUUUGGGCCAUGUCCAACCGCUCAGACGUAAUGCACAUUUUGUUCUGCCAAUGAUCUACAUCCAGUAUCGGAGCAGCAACAUCAUUAUACAUAAGCCUUUAAAAUAAAACAAAUUGUUUGAAAAAUUAUAAUGGCUAUUUAUUUUUCAUGAAACUUACAUGUCUAUGUAUUUUGUACAAUGUACUGUUUAUUCACAACACAAUAAACAAAGUUUUUGCCAAGAUAAUUCAUAAGCAGCAAUUGGGAAUUAAGAUCAGUGCUUGUGGAAAUUUUCAUUAACCAUAAAACAUUGAGGUGUUCAUACCAUGGAGCAAACACUUUUGCUUUGAAAUCUUAUAGACGACAAUAAAUGUUUGCUAGUCAUUUAUUGAGCAGUAUAAUCAACACAACAAUUUUGGCACCCUUCUUUUUUACCAGAGUAGGUACGAUAUGAAAUUCAAAUGCAGUAAUGUAAAAGCACACGCUUUUGUGUCCAUUUAUGAUGGUAUUAACAGAAAAUAAUCUUAUUUUUGCUAACAAGUUGGUGUAACCAAUACUUAAGUUACAGUUUCCAUUAAUUUACUUAACAUUUAUUUUUAGAGAAAGGGCAUUGUCCAGAUUUAUCCAGAUAUAAAUAUAAUCGUCACACCUAAUUUUAAAGUACAGUGUAGUACAGUUCAUACAAUGGUUACUUUAAAAAAAAGCUUUUGAUAAAUCAGAUGGUAGUGAGAGAUAUAAAGAUCUCCUUUUCUCCUAAUGUUAAGUUUCAGGUACCUAACAAUGUACUAUAGUCCAAAGCGUGCAAGCAAUGCUCCCAUUCAGUUUAUUUAUCAAAGAAUUAUCAAAAAAAAAUACAAGUUUAAAUGUUUAUUGAAGUUGGCUGACCAUUUCGCAGAUAACUUCAAUCUAAACACUCAUAUACAUUGGCGUUUAAUCACUUAAAAUUUUUCAAGAAACUCUCAUGCAAUGUACGACCAACUCUCCAUAGUCUUAUAAUUAUGUAUGAUGUAUAUAUCAAACAGUUCAUAUGUGUUUACUGAUAACAAACUUAUCAUAAUGCCCUUAGUAAUAUUUCGUAACAUAAAUUGCUCUAGCAAGUUAGGUAAUUAUGUACCUAUAACUAUUUAUUUACAAUUCUUAGUUCAUUCAUGUAUGGAUGGAUUUUAUUGUUUUUUUUUUCAAAAUACAUAUAGCCCAAUUUAUUUAUGUAUAGGAAGUUGAUGAAGGUUGUAAAUUUUACAACUAUUCAAUUGACUUAAGUCGAGAUUUCUAUAUGAACAUGUAACUAUAAUAAUUUCACUCCUUUGUAAAGAAACAAAAUCUAUAAGUAUAAAAAUAAUCAACAUUAUUCUUCUGUUUUUUUCUUUAUAUCUUAGACUACACAUUAUAACAAACUUAAAGUAUUGUGGUACUAUUCUAAUCAUACAUUAUUUCAUAAUAUCAUGUGGGUGCCUAAAACAAAUAACUUAUUUACACACUUUAUCCAAUUGUCGCACAAUGUUAAAAUCAUAAUAAUUGUUAAACUCAAAUGCAAUAAUUUUAUCUUGCAUGUACAUCAGUCAUUGUAGUCUAAUGAUAUUAAAAUAUUAUCCUUUAGAACAUUGCUGUGUAAAUCAGCAGAUGAGUGGCAAAAAACACUUUUGAAUGCUGGUUACGUGAUAAGAAAUAACACGUAGAGUGCAAUGAAGAUGAUAAAGUAUAAGGGUUAUUUAUUACUUAUUUUAUAUUAUUAUCUUUUUUAAAAAGACAUCUAACAGCAAUAGUAAUUGAGUAAUUUUAAGAUUUCUACAGUUUGGCCACCAAAAUCAGACACAAGCAAUAUACAUCUUAUCAAAACUAAAUUUUAUUUUGCAGUCAAUGCUGCAACCCCUCUGCUUUGAGGUGCAGCAGUCUGUGUGUCACGUUGCCGCAUUCAAAAUAGACUUCAUAUCUUCUGGUAAAACACAAUUCAGAUCUUCCAACCUCCUUGCUAAUAGUGUCCUUGUGUUGUCAGCUACUGGAGGGUUGCUCUUCAGAACUUCUCUGAGUUUCAACACCAUAUCGACAAUUUCAACUUCUUUCUUACCAACAGACCACUUUUUCAAGUCACUUUCUGCCAAUGCUUCAAGUUGUAAAGCAUGUAGUUUGUUUGUCAAGUUGCUGUGCCUUUGGUGGAACCAAGCACUAAAAUUUGGUGUCUUAAAAAAGUUUCUAUACAGUCCUAUCCAAUCACCUUUGAUCCCAGUUGUUAGUUGAGGCCCUGACUGUUGUAGGGUAGCAAAGAAAUCUUCAGGAUUAAAAGGAUUUGGCACUGGUGGUGCCCUAAAAGGCGAUAUAUUUUUCUGCAAUGGCAUUAGAGAUGCCAUAUACCUUUCGAGUGGUAUCAUGAAACUUUGAGUCAACUCUAGUAAAUGACGUUUAACCAUCGCAGUUUGUACUUCAGAAGGUCGAUCUGUUCUAAUACCAUUGUGUAAUUUCUUGAUAAUAGUCUUAUCCUUCUCCAGAAAAGGUUUAUACUGAGUGUAAACUCCGGGUGCUGUGUCUAACAGUUUUAGAUUGCCAACUUUUCGUAGUUUUGUUUUGAUUGAAGUUGAGUCACCAAGCUUGAUAGUAUGUGGCCAAUGUUGCAAUGUUUUUGUAAAGAAUGGAUUGGUCACACCUAGUAUUACACAAGGUGGGUUGAAUUGUUUCCUUGUGAACUCUUUAAAUUCACUAUCAUGUAUUGUGAAAUAUGGUCUAUAUUCAGCUGAAUAUGGUAAUGGUUGUAUCAAAUAUGUUAAAGCUUGGACUAGCGCAGAACACUCAGUUGGCGAGCUAGCCAUGACAACUAUUGGUUCUGCAGUCAAAACCAGUUCCCAUAAUAAAUGCAAAUGUGAUAUUAGUGUAGAUAAAGCAUCAAACACAUUGACAUCUUGAAUGGAUGCUAAAAUGUGUGGAACAUUGGGAGAACUUACUUUUGCUAUAUCUGACCUGGUAAUCUUUCCUGUCUGUUGGUUAGGUAUAUAUGACUGAAACACUGAACCUAGGACUGGUAAAAGUACAUUUUGUCCAGCAUCCAAUACAGGCCAUCUAUUUAUAUCAUGACAGGCAGCCUCUAGGCUACUUUCCCCCUCCUCAAAAUGCUUAGGUGCUAUCAAUUGAAUAACUUUGUAAAACAAAUUGAUGAAUGGAAGUCUAGUAAGUAAUAUUAUACUUUUCUGAAAGUAGCCUCUUGGUAAGGAUGGGUCCUUGACCUGGCGAAAAUACACGAAGCCCCAGUAGUGCGUCGAAUCCGCCCUGAGGGUGGGCACUGCGUCUUCGUUGUAAAUAAGCUGUUGAUUAGCGAGUGGUGCACGUGAACGAAGUCUGACGUGAAACUGCGUAUCUCCCAUACACCCAGAAUUUGAGUCUGGAAAUGCUAAAUAGCAAAUAUUGCACUUCUCUUGGUCUGUCAACUUUACGCCUGGCGGGUAAACACUUUCCAUAGCUUGUCCCAGUUCCAAGUCGAAAGUGACUACGCAAAUACAAUGUAGCCAAUCUGAGAACCUGUUCCAUUUCGUUUGAAAUUCAACUUCUUCUGCAGACAAUGGAUUGUCUUCAUAGUUUUGUAUCCCACAAGCCAUAAUUACUAAAUUUGCAUGUCACACACUUCAGUUAAACUUUAUCAUGUUUUUUUUACCUUAAUUUCGUUUUUAUCACACAACUUAUUAACAGUAUGAACUAAAAUACAAAAUACACACGCAUUUUAUCUGUUCGUAACGCAAUACAAACAACGAAAAGCACAAGUCGCGAUCCAUAACAGCUGUUCUGUCAAACAUGGCCGCACCCGCCAAAACACAAGUUUGAGUUGAAUGAAUGCUAAUUAUGAAUGAAAUGAGGUGUUAUAAAGUAGAAAAUAUUUUUAAUAUACACUUACCUAUUAUCCAUUAUUCAAACAGUU